UGCGCUCCUACUGCUCAGGUCGGUUCCGAACCAGUGUGCAAAACACCACGAAGUAAACAAUAUUAGAUGGGACACAGGAACAACUAGACACGCGAAGGUACAGGGCCGUAAGCGCUCCGGCCGCGAGCAGAGAUCCUGGGAGACAGUUAAAGGCAAGCACCAACAGCCCCCACCCGCGCCUGGGGGAACCCGGGCGCCCACCGCUCUGCGCGCUCCGCAGCGCCGGGAGGAGAGAGGCGGGCGGGCAGUGGAGGGAGACCGCCGGCGAAGAGGCAGGCGUGAAGCCGCCCGCCCGCGCCGCCCCUGCGCCCGCCCGCACCGCCCCGGCACGUGACGCGGCCAACAUGGCCGACGGGGAGGACGGCGGCCCGGCGGGGCCGGCGCCGGGCGAGGACUUUGAGAUCGUCGAGCGCAGCCAGCUGCCGAGCCCGGGCGAGCUGCGGAGCGCGGCGAGGCCCCGCGCGGCGCCCGAGUGGUCGGCACCCAUCCUGACGCUGGCGCGCAGGGCCACCGGGAGCCUGACGGCGAGCUGCGGGAGCGCGCUGCGCGCGGCCGCGGGGCUGAGCGGCGGGGACGGCGGCGGCGGAGGAGCAGACGGCGCGGCGCGCGCAGCUUCCAGAAGCCAGAUGAUGGAGGAGCGCACCAAUCUGAUGCAUAUGAUGAAACUCAGCAUCAAAGUCCUGCUCCAGUCGGCCCUGAGCCUGGGCCGCAGCCUGGAUGCGGACCACGCCCCCUUGCAGCAGUUCUUCGUGGUGAUGGAGCACUGCCUCAAACACGGGCUGAAAGUUAAGAAGAGUUUUAUUGGCCAAAAUAAGUCUUUCUUUGGUCCUUUGGAGCUGGUGGAGAAACUUUGUCCAGAAGCCUCAGAUAUAGCUACUAGUGUCAGAAAUCUGCCAGAAUUAAAGACGGCGGUGGGGAGAGGCCGAGCGUGGCUCUAUCUUGCCCUCAUGCAAAAAAAGCUGGCAGAUUAUCUGAAGGUGCUGAUAGACAAUAAGCAUCUCUUAAGCGAGUUCUACGAGCCCGAGGCGCUGCUGAUGGAGGAAGAAGGGGCGGUGCUGGUUGGGCUGCUGGUGGGACUCAAUGUUCUGGAUGCCAACCUCUGUCUCAAAGGAGAAGACUUGGACUCCCAGGUUGGCGUAAUCGAUUUCUCCCUCUACCUUAAGGAUGUGCAGGAUCUUAAUGGUGGCAAAGAGCACGAAAGAAUUACCGAUGUCCUUGAUCAAAAAAAUUACGUGGAAGAACUCAACCGGCACUUAAGCUGCACAGUUGGGGAUCUUCAGACCAAGAUAGAUGGCCUGGAAAAGAUGAAUUCAAAGCUUCAAGAAGAGCUUUCAGCUGCAACAGGCCGGAUUUGUUCGCUUCAGGAAGAGCAGCAGCAGUUAAGAGAGCAGAACGAGUUGAUUCGGCAGAGGAGUGAGAAGAGUGUGGAGAUAACCAAACAGGACACCAGAGUCGAGCUGGAGACUUACAAGCAGAGCCGGCAAGGGCUGGACGAGAUGUACAGCGACGUGUGGAAGCAGCUGAAGGAGGAGAAGAAAGUGCGCCUGGAACUAGAAAAAGAACUGGAGUUACAAAUUGGAAUGAAAACCGAAAUGGAGAUCGCCAUGAAGUUGCUGGAGAAGGACACCCACGAGAAGCAGGACACGCUGGUCGCCCUGCGCCAGCAGCUGGAGGAGGUCAAAGCCAUCAAUCUGCAGAUGUUCCACAAAGUUCAGAAUGCAGAGAGCAGUUUACAGCAGAAGAAUGAAGCCAUCACCUCGUUUGAAGGAAAAGCCAGUCAGGUUCUGUCCAACAUGAAGCAGAUGGAGGAACGGUUACAGCACUCGGAGCGGGCACGGCAGGGCGCGGAGGAGCGGAGCCACAAGCUGCAGCAGGAGCUCGGCGGGAGGGUCGGCGCCCUGCAGCUGCAGCUGGCGCAGCUGCAUGAGCAAUGUUCAAGCUUAGAGAAAGAGCUGAAAUCAGAAAAAGAGCAGAGACAAGCUCUUCAGCGAGAACUGCAGCAUGAGAGGGACACCUCCUUGCUGCUCCGGACGGAGCUGCAGCAGGUGGAAGGGCUGAAGAAGGAGCUUCGGGAGCUCCAGGAGGAGAAGGUGGAGUUACAGAAGGUCUGUGAGGAGCAGGAGCAAGCCCUCCAGGAAAUGGGCCUGCACCUCAGCCAAUCCAAGCUGAAGAUGGAAGACAUAAAGGAAGUGAACAAGGCCCUGAAGGGCCACACCUGGCUGAAGGACGACGAAGCCACCCACUGCAAGCAGUGCGAGAAGGAGUUCUCCAUCUCCCGCAGGAAGCACCACUGCCGGAACUGCGGCCACAUCUUCUGCAACGCCUGCUCGGCUGGUGAGCUAGCCCUGCCCUCCUACCCGAAGCCAGUGCGCGUGUGCGACAGCUGCCACAGCCUCCUGCUGCAGCGCUGCUCCUCCACUGCUCCCUGAGGGGACAGCUCCACGUGUGCCUGGCCGGCCUCCAGUCUCCCUUUCGGGCAGCACCACCGCGUGGACCUGGCUUUGCCUGCCGUGGUGGCCUCUCCAGGCUGCACCGCUCCCGCUGAUUGGUUCCAGCCCUGGCUGUGUCCCGGACGUGACUUCAUGGUUUUGCUACUGUCACUUUCUGCAUCUCAAAGAUGGAGCUUUGCAGCAGGGGAACCAGUCUCCUGCCAGGUUUUCUCCUCCCCCUCCCCGGGGCCACAACUUGUACCUGCACAGUGCUGCAUAGUGCAUCAGCCUCUGGGUGCCCGUGCCUCAUUCAGCAAGACCAGAUCCUACGUGUUCGUGUGCCCCAGGCCCUGAAAUAAAUUCCUGUUUUUUCACUGUAA